AUGACGUCGUAUUUGAUCUUCUUGGCUUGCAUCAUCAGAUCUUCGAUGGCCGCUUCCGAUGCAAGCGAUCCAAACGGAGUAUAUAUUUGUAUUCAUGUAGAAAUAGACAACUGCUCAUACGUUUCCAACACUUUUACAUUUGUGAACGAAUUUCCCAGGAUAGACGCACUCAAAAACCGAACCUACGUCCUCUAUAAGAUAUUCACACCCAGUCCUCUAAAAGGAGUACUGCGCUUUCAACAGAUGUUUCCACUCCUUAAUUUAAUAGUACAUGAGUGCUCCCCUCCUUUCCCGUUUGUCGGCAUUUUCGCAAAUUAUAGAGCACUCAAUGACACUAUAAUUCGAAGACAAAGAGACUUCAAUAGCACAACAACAACAACAACAACAACAACAACAACACCAACAACAACAACCACUACUACUACUAGUACCACUACUACUACCACAACAACAACAACUACUACUACUACGACACCAACAACAACAACUACUACUACGACACCAACAACAACAACGCCAACAACAACGACAACAACGACAACAACAACACCAACAACAACAACAACAACAACUCCAACAACAACAACAACAACUCCAACAACAACAACGACGACUCCAACAACAAUAACAACAUCGACGUCAUUAUCAUCAACAACAACGGAACCAACUACACCCUCUACAGUUAUAACAUCGGCAGCAUUGCCUUCCUCGAUCGAAAUGACCAGCACUACCAGUACGAAAAAAGAAAAAGAAGAUGAUGAUAUGACUAUCUUCCUUUUGUUGUUGUUGGGCCUCGUGGUGUUGGUAGGCCUAAUUGUAGCUUUUUUCCUUGUGAAGAAAUUCCGAACAAUGCGCAAACAACAGUUGAGAAGGAAGGUUGAAAGUGUGCAAAAAUCAGCGGAAAAAAGCGGAACUAGUAGUAAGAAGAGUGUUGGUGCGAAGAAACCCGCUGUAAAGGCUAAGCAAAAACCGAGUAAAACUAAGAAGCCAGUUCAGAAGAAAACUGAAAAAGCACCAUCGGAAGGUAAUGUGAAAGACCUCUUGCAUCUGUAUGAUGCAAAGAAGGAAAAACCUAAGUCGAGGGAAUCAUCUGAAUCUCAAGGCUCUUCUCCUGACCGUAGAAAAGGUCCAGUGGCACCAAAUUCACUGCAGAAACAGGAAGUAUUAUUUGGAGGGCUUGUUCAUUUAUAG